GCAAUCUUCCGGACAAACGUUAACUGUCCAGUCACGUGUCUUGAGUUAGGAGGCAAGUUAGGGCAAGAAAAAAAUGUCGUUUUCGUGGCCACCGUAGCUGGUAAGGUUAUGGGGUUCACGAAAAAGGGCAAACAGUUUAUGAACCUCGAUUCGGAUAUGUCGGAGCCUGUUAAGAGCAUGCACGUAGAGGCAGCAGAUUUGUUAUUAGCAGGCGAGUACACGUUGAGACAUUUUAAUAAUUGCGUGGAAGUUCACUUUUAUCUAUGUCCCGACAAGAUCAAUGACGUCAUUUCUUUACCGCCAUUGAAGUAUAGCGGGAAGGUUUUUCCGGUUUUAGCCUGCUCUGACAAGACUUUGAAAGUUUUAAGCGGAUCAGAUAUGGUAGGCGAACUUAACGUUUCAGGGAUUCCCGUUGUUUUGAAUAUGUAUCAUAACAAUGGAGGUCCAAACGGCGAACUUGUGCUCUACGGAACAGACGAUGGAAAAUUCGGACUAUCCCUGAUAACUCCCAUCUGCCAGUCUGUUCUUUGGGAACUCUCUAGUCCCGCCAGCCUCACAAAAAAGGUCAUAGGAUUAUUGACCUUUGACCUAGAAACCAAUCAUACUUCCGGCGCCUUUGGUGACCUAAUUAUUGGUUAUGAUAAUGGUGGUCUGGUGGAGGUUUACGGGUUGUCCGAUGAUGAGAUGGACAAGCCAGUACACAAGGGGUCAUUUUCUCUGAAUGAAAGCCUCAGAAGCAUCGGAUGUGGGAGGUUUAACAAUGCAGACCAUGCCGAAAUACUCUGUCUAACUUUUUCUGGUUGGGUCGUAGGUCUGACGACAGAGCCAUCCAGCCAUGCACUCAACAAAGAUUCUGGCGAACACGACAUUAAAAUGGAAAUAUUAAGAAAAGAAAUCGAAAACCUAGAGAGGCAGGUGGAAAUAGAGAAAGAAAAGUACCAGAGCAACUCUCAAAAACCCGAUCUAGUUUCUCAAGGUCAAGAGAUCGAGGUCAAGUUGCAGUUUCAUCUCAAUCCUGACGAAGGCGUGUACGGGCUGAAUUUGGAAACUGUCGUCCCUAUUGAAUAUAUCAUGUUACAGUGUGACGUUCCAAUAGACGUAAUUGACAUGGACAAAAAUUCUUCCAUCGUUAGUUUCACUCCGUGCUCAAAUGAGGAGGAAAACUUCCUAUUGGCUACAUACAGGUGCCAGGCUAACACAACGAAACUCGAAUUAAAAGUCAUACCAGUCGAAGGUCACCAAGGUCAUUUGAGGGCGUACGUCGUGCCCCUGAUGAAACCGAAACUGUGUCAAGUUAAGCAGUUGGCGAUUAAACCGUUGUGCAUGCAUUUUAGAGAUAGCAAUAAAAAAAAGAGGAGUAGAGAUAUUGAUAGUGAGAGUAAUGGUGAAAGCAGGCCAAUGAAUCGUUUGACCAUGCAAGGGAACGUGUCCUUGUCUGAUAUUCACUCUUGGGUUAAUUUGUGCUUUUGGGGAAUUCCAGAAAAAGUUCCGGCAGACGAGAAGGCCAGUUACGGUUUCGUUUCGUCAUGCUUGGGGACAGUUUUUAACUGCUCCUAUAGAGACGGGAUGAUAGAAUGCACGUCAGACAAUCUGUCGACCAUGAAUAUCUUCAAGGAUCUCAUUUUUAAGGAGGCCACGAAAUCCGGAAUUAAACUGGAUAUUUCCUUCGAUAUAAAUGACGAAACUGUUAUAAACACAUUGAAAUCAAUCAUCCCAAAGAUGGAUGAAUUGAUACUGGCCGCCCAGAAGGUUCAACUAAUCGAAGGUCUCAAGGAAAUAGAGACGCAAGAGGGCAGUAUCGAUUGUUUGACAGGCGAUUUCAAGCAAGUCCUCAUCGAGGCAGACCUCUUGACCGCACUGCACAAACAAAAGCAUAAACAACUUGAAAGAUAUUACGCUAUGAUCACUCACCUCUACCAAUCGUGGUUCAAGUUCAAAGGUCGUUCGGUCAAGGACAAGUUGGAUGGGUUACAAGGGGUCAUCAAGAAACACGACUCUAAAAUGCUUUUGGAGUUUUUCAAAAAUUCAACAUAA